UGGGUCAUUUGGGCGACUAGUAAACGAUGAACACAGGACACCAAAUUGCAGAAUGAAGUUGAUUGAAGCAGAAGGGAAGCCACAUCUCUGCCUUUUUGCACUGAAGGAAAUUGCGGCAGGAAGUGAAAUUACUUAUGACUAUGGUGGGAAAGAAUGGCCCUGGCGGAAAAAGCUAAAGAUCGCAAGCAUCCCUUCUGGUCAACAGUGUGUUGCAGAGCCUAUUGCCCAUGACGUGGAGCACCAUGUGAUCUCUACAGACUCAUUCACAGACAGAGAAUUAAGAGCAGAGUGUCAGUCAUCUAGACCUACAGCAGACAACUCUGAGCAUGAGGUGCAUUCUGUUGGAGGUCAGCGUGGCACUUCUUCUCUGAAAGAGUUAAUUGGUGAAGUUGGUGUCCAGUAUCAGGAGUUGUCACCCCAAGCGUUCUCAGAAGAACUUACCAGUGAGAGCAAAUCGAAAGAGGUGCCACAAUCAUCCAGAGCUGUGCCUAACGACUCUGCUUGUGAGAUGACCAGGGGAAUGAUGCCUGUGUGACUUCUGGUUCACCUCCUGUCCCUGACUCAGUUACUAAAGGUUUAUGUGUUUCAUCAAGGCGGUGUGUGAAGAGACCAUGGUCUGAGGAGGAGAUAGGAGCGGUGAUGAAACAUAUGAAGCCUUUUAUUGAAAACGGUAUCACUGUCACCAACCAGCAGUGUCUGAAGUGCAAAGAAAAGGAACAACCUAUCUUGGAGACGAGAUCUAUUCAAAACAUUCGAGAUUUUGUGCGCAACAGAGGACUGGCCUUUAAAAAAAAUAAAUAAAUGUUAAACACUAAAUGCACUUUUUGACAGUCUGAGCCUUUACCUUUCUGGGCCUGAUUUCAAGGUUAGUGUUCUCCGUUCAAAAAGUAUGUAGUUGACUUCACUGUGCUCACAGGCAGUGUUUUGUUUUGAUGUGUGGUUAGCCUGAGUCUUUUAAUGCCAGGAUUCACUUUUAUUUUCCUUCAAUAAUU